AUGGCCCCCGGACCAGAGGGCAUCCCCCCAGAAGAAGAAGGAAACAUCACCGUGGAAGACUUUGGCGCGGAAGAGCAUGAGGCUGCUCAGCAGGGGGCACAGGACGGCAUGAAGGGCAAGCCGCAGACGCAGGAGGAGUGGGAUACAUUCAUCUCGAGUUACUCUGUGGGCAACACUGCCAGAUACACCUUUCACUCUGAGGACGAAAGCGAUGACCCAUCCCCAGCCUCGCGCUUGUCGAAAGAAAGCCCAUCCCUCGAGCGCCAAUCCAGCACGCCUCUAUCCAACGAACGACAGGCAUCUUCCUCUUCCCUCGAACCUCCUCCCCGCCCACUCCUUCACCACAACCCCUCCUCCCUCUCCCAUGCUGUCCUCUUGCCCAGUGGUUCGAGCCAAGAUCCGGUCGAUACCUCGGGGUCCGAGUCCCGGUCCGAUGUGGCUGGCAAAGUGACCGCUGCUGAGGCCAUGAACCAGGAUCCAGCUAUCCCCGAUAUCGAAGACAAAUAUCUCCCGUCCAUCUCUAGAAGCUCUUCAAACGCCCCUUCCCAGGCUAGCGAAACAUCCAGCAAAAAGGGGUAUCGCGGCCAAGAAGCGAUGACGAGCAACAACAUGAAACGUCUGGGCGAAGAGUACCGCCGGGAAGAGGUCAAGAAGGCGUCUACGGAAGGUUCGGGCAAGAAGGCGAAGCGGAAGAUUGUGGAAAAGGCGACGCUGGAAAAUUCGAGUGAGGGAGAGGGCGAGAGGAAUGCGGCUGUCGAAGAGGCGUCGGUUCGACGAAAGUCUACGAGGCGGCGACCUAGGCCGAGGGGAGCAUGGUCUUCGGCGUCGCAUAAUGGCGAGAUGCUACGGCGCGAUUCGAAACCCUCGCUCGACAUGUCUCUCUUUGACGACUCGACCAACACCUCGACGUCCAUCUCUCAGGCUGAUCUGGCGUACGACCAUGCCGCAGAAAGGACACGGAUCAAGGAGUUCUUUGAGAAGAAUGACUUCUUGUGUCCCCCGAAACAGCCGCCUGGAGCGUAUAGACGGCGGCUGAGGGUGAUCCGUCGCAUGGGCCUCGAACAGCCUGAAGGCUUCCACUGCGACACCCUCGACAAACUCUCCCGUCUCGCCAAGUCCUUUUUCAGAACGCAAAGCGUCGUCAUCAGCGUUUUCGGCAGGAGCAGACAGAUCUUUCUCUCAAAGAUUGGGAUCGAUGCGCGUUCGGUGGAUAUUGACAAGUCGAUUUGCUGUCAUACCCUGACGCUGUCGGGCAAUAGCGAGCAGUGCAUGGUCGUCAAAGAUGCGGCGAAAGACUGGCGGUUCAGGAAGAAUCCCAUGGUCGGCGAGGGUCGCGGACCUGUCAGAUUCUACGCCGGUUCGCCUUUAAAAGUCGGAUCAGACUCGAAAGAAUCCAUCAUCGGCGCCAUCUGCGUAUUCGAUACCCAGCCCCGCGAAUUCACCCGCGACCACCGCGCUCUCCUCGCCGACCUCGCCUCGUGUGUCGUGAGCGAGCUCGAGCUCCUCUACUCGCAACAAGCGUCGAUCGAAAGCGCCAAACUGCAUCAGAUCUCGGUCGACUUUUUGCGUCGGUCGUUGAAACAUCGGCCGUUGGAGUAUGCGGGGCAGAGUAAUAGUGGGUCGACGUUAUCGGGUAGUAGCGGGUCGAUGAAUGUGGAGGGAGAUCCGGUCAAUCCUACCGAGGUCAAAUCCGUACCUACCCCCGCCCCUACCCCUGCGUCUGCGGCUGCGCCCGAUACGGGCAACAGCACCGGCGAAGAACAAGACGACUCUGCCGAAGACUCCUCCCCAUUCAGCGAAGAAUCCCCGCCGGCCGCACCGCUCAACAGCAAGAAACGUAUCGAAGGCGCCGACGCCAACCAGAGCGUCGACGCGGUCGAUAUCUAUGAUGAGGCGUGUAUAGAGAUCCGGAUGGCGCUCGAUGCGUAUGCGGUAGCAGUCGUCGAUUUGUCGCAGUUCCAUCUCUUUUACCCGGCUUAUCAGAGUACCACCAACGGCUCCAACUCGAUCCGUACAGGGUCUGUCACUGAAGUGCCAGGGCGGAAGAAUAAGAGCGGGCCUUCGACCAAAGGCGGGUCGACGGCGCGCCAGUCGUCUUCGAGUGGGCAUAGUCAGGAUGAUAAUGAAGAUGGGUUGGGCUUUGAUUGGUCGAAUAAGCAGAGAAGGGCGAGACCGACGUAUUCGGUGAAUGAUGCGGUGCAGCCGGCGAGGACGCCGCAGGUGUUGUUUGUACCGAGUAGACCGACGAUGAGGUCAAAGAGGUAUCGGCCUCAGCAAGAGAACGAUGAUUCGCUUUCCGUACUGGGGUAUAGCUGCGGCAGUGAUGGCUUUGCGUUCAAUUUUACGAGUUCGCCGGCUGCGAGAAAGAUUAUUGCAGACUUUAUCGCGAGCAAUGUCGUUUCGCGAAAAGUAUGGUAUGCGAGGGAUGAUAGCCAGGGAAUAGCGCAGAGUAUCACGCACCUUAUGCCGCCCGGGACGGAGACGAGUAUGGCGUUGCCAGUAUUUGGCUUUGACGGCCAAGUCGCAUUUGCCGUGGUGGCAUGCUGGAAAGACCCGCUGUACACAUACCCCUCCGGCGCUCUACAAUUUGUAGAGACUAUUGCGGGUAGUCUUCUCGCUUCAGUUCUCAAGGAACGCCUCCACAAAGCCGAACGUGCCCAACUUAACUUUGCCUCGGCUGCUUCUCACGAACUCCGUACUCCCCUACACCAAAUCAACGCCGCUGCCUCCCUCCUCCGUUCAUUCGUCCAACCGGUGUUUGACUCUAUGCGCGGCGACGAGGACGUGCAUGUCCCACCCGAAGACCGGGUGGAGAUCCUCCAGCAGCUGGAGAUUAUCGAGUCCAACGGGUUGAGUCUUGGCAACAUCUUGGAGAAUAUCAUCGAUACGCUCGAUAUCGGCAAGAUGGCGUCCAAGAUGGAUACUGGAGGUACCAUCCCGAGUCUAGUACACAAAGAUACAGCUACGGGCAAAGAGGCCGCUCCGCAAUUGACAAGCCUGGUGGAGGUACUUGAAAAGGUUGUGGAGGAUGCGAUUGAACUCGAAUCAAAGUCGCGUAAAGUGUCGGGAGGCAAGGGAAUGGAUCAGGUGGAAGUCAUCUUGGAAGUGUUGCCGAGGAAGAGGGGUGGAUGGUUGACCACGAGGGAUGUGGGGCCGUUGACAAGGGCACUUGGGAAGAUUGUGCAUAACGCGGUCAAGUUUACAGAAAAGGGCCACGUGCACAUCACCGUCCAGGACCUUUCGCGAGAGGUGGCAUUACCAACUGGGUAUGACAACUCUAUGCGAGAAUCGACAAUCUCUAUCGAUGUGAAGGAUUCCGGUGUUGGAAUGUCAGCCGCCUUUCUCGAGAAAGAAGUCCUUCAACCCUUCGCCAAAGAAAACCCCUUUACAAGUGGCUCUGGUCUCGGCCUCGGUCUCGCACAACGUAUGGUCGAGCUGGUGGGCGGUAAACUCGCUAUUGCCUCUUCUCCGGGCAAAGGUACCCUCGUACAUAUUGAAGCCCCCCUAUUUUUCCUCAAUGGCGACUCCAUUUCCGAUGACGAAAAUCUCAACACCAACAGAACGGCCGAUCAGGUCAUGGAGCCCGACUACAAGAUCAGACAGGAUGGGAUCCUUCUUGCAGGGUGGGAAAACUGCAAGGCGUCCGUCAAGAGGGUGGCCAAGUCGCUGGUGCGGCAGCUCAAGUUGCAUCAGUGCAGACUUGUCACGGAGGCGCAGUAUGCUUGUGUUAUCGUCAUGCCGGAUGGAAGUUUGAGCGAUGCGCAGCUGGCGGCGAUGUGUAGAGCGGCGAGACCGGGUGUGCAGGUCAUCGUACUCGAGAAAGAUCGAACAAAGUACGGCCAAGGCGACGCAAACAGUCCCUGCCUUGCUUCUAGCAACCCCAACGGAGUCACCAGGGCCGCUCGUCUUGCUUGCCCGCCAAGGUCGCCCAAGGGGAAGGAGGACGCUGCUUUCCUCGCUACCAUCCCCUUCCUUCACCUCUCUCGCCCGCUUCGACCCAGUAUUCUGCGAGCUGUCAUGGCGCCUAAUGAUAGGCCAACUACUCCGCCUGAGAGGUAUGUGUCGGAUGUGGUAGGAGGGGAGGAUGCGCGAAUGGGAGCAAGGAUGCCGGUGCCAGUGCCAGUUGGUACAGACAUAGGCCAGCAAGCGGUGGGCAACGAUGAGCCCAUCUCGCCACUCGAAAAUCUUUGCACUCCUCCCAUGUCACGGAACAACACCUCAGACCCGGGCGAUCCUCCAAACGAUCCACUUGCUACCCCAAUCCCGGGCUCUUCUCGUGAAGCCCCUGUUCGAUCACAAUCGCUCUCUGUCAUUGAUAGUCGCGGAUCUACCGAUGAUGAGGGUUCCGAAGAUAGGCCGCAGUAUACAGCUUCAAUCAUAUCGGACAUGUCAGCGAGUGAUAGCAGCGAGGGGGUGAUGAGCUCGAUUGGGUCGGAGAAUAAACAAGUCGAGAGACGGAAGCGGGUUGAGAUGGAUCCAUCAGCACUAAAGGUAGUGCUUGUGGUGGAAGACAAUUCCGUAAACCGAAAGAUUUUGACGACCAUGCUCCGGCGAGCUACUUGUCAUUUCGUCGAGGCGGUCGACGGUGUUGAAGCUGUUGAACAAUUCUCUGCCUUCCUACCAGACCUUGUCCUACUCGACAUCACCAUGCCCAAAAAAGACGGGUUUGCGGCGGCCGCGGAGAUGCGCCAGCUCGAGACCAAAUGGGCAGGAAGACUUCGGAAAGGAUGUGUUAUCCCUGGCACCACCGACGAAGAUCUGGAGGAAGCUAUGGUCUCGAUGGAUCUCGAACCUCAGAGUCAAACAUCGUCUGCGCCCAGAUCUGCUAUUCAUCGGACUGGUUCGGGUCGAAAACGAGCGAAAAUCAUCGCGGUGACGGCCAUGAGCGCAGAGCAUCAAAAGAGAAAGGGGCUAUACGAGUGCGGGAUAGAUCAUUGGAUGACAAAGCCUUUGAGCAUGGGGCUGCUCAAGUCAAUGGUGGAGGAUAUGAAGGAAGAAGUGAAGAGGGGACUGCAGGGGGUCGUUGCGGCUUAG